AUGUCAGCUACAUAUGAGUUGGAUGACGAUGGAUUCCCUCCAGCAGAAGUCCUCAUAACGAUGAGUGAAGAUGAGGACCCAGUCCUGCGCAAAUUCAAGGAGUUUAGGGCGAUUGCUCAGAGAUGGGUCAAGUCUGACCAGCAACAACCAGAAGAAGAACAACAAGAACAGCAAUCAGAGCGACAAUCUAAUGGAUCGUCUUCCACUGCCACUACUUUCCUUGGCCUGCUUACUCCCCCAUCAACUCCCCCUCCCUCAACUUCCAAUCCUUCCCUUCCCCCGUCUCAGCCUUCUGAUACAACUCCUGAUGACGGGGGCGGCAACUGUGUUGCGUUGUUGGUUGAGACCAAAGAGGUCGAGGAACAAGAACAGGAUACAACCAAGACCACUUCUCCUGUAACCCAUCACUCAGAGUCGCAUUCACGAAACUCCUUCCUAAUAAGCAUUCAGCCCCACGAAGGAACAGCCGGCUUCAGCUCUGCUAAUAAGACUACUUUGCUAAGCUUAGGAUCAGGAGAUGCUCGUUGGGGCGUCCUGCGGGCUAUUGUUCACAACCAAGUCAGGAGAGCACGCCAGCCUUCUCCUGAAUAA